AUGUCUCUCAAGAGCGACGCCUUCCCUUCAUCGGUGGCUUUUGAUGCCAUCAAUGAUGCUCUCUCUUCCAAUGAAGCCGAACGUAAACAAGCUGUCAAGCAGGGAGGCGCCGUCUUCACCUUCAAGCUGACCAACACCGAGGGAAAUGAGGAGGCGUGGUAUAUCGAUCUCAAGGAGACAGGAAAGGUGGGCAAAGGCGAGGCCCCCGAGGGCAAGAAGGCCGAUGUGACGCUCAUCCUGUCCGACGAGAACUUUGCCAAGUUGAUCACCGGCAAGCAAAAGGCGCAGACACUAUUCAUGAGUGGGAAACUGAAGGUCAGAGGCAACGUCAUGAAAGGUACCCUCACCGUCCCUAUACAAGUAUUCCACAUGGCUGACGAGACCUGA